CUUUGGUUUAAGCGAGCAACAGUAUUACUACUCUUGUAUAGGAACGUAUAGCUAUAUAUAGAUCGGAGUGACUAACGGCAACUUUUGCAGUAAAUACCUUGUGCGCUGUUCUGUUUGUUGUUUGUUGUACUAGGUGGCCUAGGUAGCCCAUAUUUUUAAAUCAUUUGUCGUCAUAAUGGUGGCGAUAUUAUCAUCGUCUACGCGGCAUUUGUCAUCGCCUUUACUUAUAUUCGUUACAUUCCUUGUCGCAGCGUGCCUUUCAGAAGAAAUCGACUUAUUUGAUGCGGUGGGCGUGGAUGAAAAUACAGAAGGAGUGAGAAAGGUAGCCGGGCCAGAUCCAAAUGCCUUAGCAUUGAAAUUUAGAUUGAAAUCACCCGUGAGCCUGACAGCACCAGAUAGUGUUCUAAAAGAACUUCUUGAAUCAAUGCGGACCGAUGCUGGUUUUGUGUUUACCACAUCUCUUAAGCAAGACCGGGGCAACCGAGGUAGUCUAGUCUCGAUUGACUCUAAAGUUGGCAACAGGCGGCAGUUCGGUCUUCACAGCAACACUAAGACCAACUCAGUCGACUUGUUUUACACGAUGCAAGACCAUACUAAUACACCGAUUGAGAUGCUGGGCACUUUUAACGGCGUUACUUUAGCCGAUGGGCAGUGGCACAACAUGACUCUCGUGGUAGCUGACUCCGUUGCCGUGUUACAUGUGGAUUGCCAGAGAGUGGGACUUCUUACCCUGCACACACCGUUCUACAUGGAUAUGCAAUCAGAGGGCUACUCGCUGCAGAUCGUCCAGGGGGCGCAAGACACUGCCAUUGUCAGAAAUUUCAAGGGACUUCUCCAAAACAUUAAGUUCAUCACUGAAGCCUCGUACGAAACUUAUCUCGCAGAACAAGGUUGCCCAGAAGAGCUCAGACCAUUCGUACCAACCACGCCCUCGCCGAUAGAUAACAACGUAGACAAUGGUUUCCGUUAUGAUUGCCAGUAUACAUGUAAGGAAUUAAUAGAUAUAUUCAAUGAGGUCGACAGAAUGGGGGCUGAAACCGAGGAACUGAAAAGAAUAAUUGGUGCACCCCCAGACGGAGGUUGUUUCUAUGACAGCAUUUUUCAUAGUAACGGCAGUGACUGGAUCGUUAACAAAUGCAAAAAGUGUUCUUGCAAGGAUUCAAAAGUAUCAUGCAGCCUUAUCGAGUGCCCCGUAGUCACGUGUAAAGAGCCAGUGGUGUUAGAAGACCAAUGCUGCCCGGUCUGCUCUAUGAAUGAUGAAGUUGAUGGCUGGAGCGCCUGGUCUGAUUGGACGCCUUGUUCCGUGACGUGUGGUGUCGGGAGGCAGCAGCGAGGACGGUCAUGUGACACUAUUAACUACCCUUGCAAAGGAAGUGACGUUGAAACCAAAGUAUGCGUCGAAAAGGAUUGUGACGAUAAAGUUCGAAUUGAUGGUGGGUGGAGCUUAUGGUCGCCAUGGACAUGUACCGUAACCUGCGGUGAGGGACUUGAGACUCGUAUACGUAUGUGUAAUUCUCCGCGACCGCAACUCGGCGGAGACGAUUGUGAUGGACCAAACAGAGAAAAUAGAGCAUGUAGUCGGGAUCCAUGCCCAGUGCAUGGUGAAUGGGGUGCCUGGUCUCCAUGGAGCAGCUGUAGCCUGACUUGCGAUGGUGGAACCAAGGAACGCCUUCGUGGCUGCGACAGUCCAGCUCCAGCAUAUGGCGGCAGUGAUUGUGCAGGGAGCCCUUCGCAAAUCAGAAAUUGCAACAUUCAACCGUGUCCCAUUGAUGCUUGUCUGUUAAAUCCGUGUUUCGAAGAUGUGGAUUGUACCAGCUUUCCCGAUGGCAGUUACACGUGUGGGAAAUGUCCAAUUGGUUAUACCGGCAACGGGGAAACGUGUGAAGAUAUUAAUGAGUGUAAAUUGGUGCCGAGUGCGUGUUUCAGAUACGGAGGAGCACAUAUGUGUAGGAACUACGAUGGCGGCUACCACUGCGAGGCGUGUCCGAUUGGUUACCGUGGAAACCAGCCCGAGGGUUCUGGAGUGGAAGAAGCAGCAUCAAACAAACAGCAAUGUGAACCUGUCAAUCCUUGCAGAGAUCGUACUCAUAACUGUGCCAAUCACGCUGAAUGUAUAUAUUACGGACCUAGAUCAGAGCCACCCUAUGGUUGCAAGUGUAAGGUUGGGUAUGCUGGAAGUGGUUUUGAAUGUGGCGAAGAUAGUGACUUGGAUGGAUGGCCAGACGAAUCUCUCAACUGCCUCGAUAUUGACGAAACCACUCACUGUGUGAAAGAUAACUGUCCAUACUUACCAAACAGCGGACAGGAAGAUAUGGACAAUGAUCUUAUCGGAGAUGCGUGCGACGAUGACGACGACGAUGACGGCAUACCGGACAACAGGGACAACUGCCCAAUGGUUGCCAACACCUACCAGCGGGACUAUGACGCGGACGAAGUGGGUGACUACUGUGACAACUGUCCGUAUGACGCUAACAUUUACCAGAAAGAUACGGAUAAUGACGGAGCUGGAGAUGAAUGUGACGACGAUAUUGACAACGACGGUAUACUAAAUGAACGGGAUAACUGUCAGAAGGUGGACAACAGAGAUCAGUUGGACAGUGAUGGAGAUGGUGUUGGCGAUCUGUGCGAUAAUUGCAAAUUCGUCGCUAACAGUGAACAGGGCGAUAAAGACCAUGACUGGGUCGGUGAUGAAUGCGAUACUAAUUUAGAUAAGGACCGAGAUGGUCACCAAGACGACAUCGACAAUUGCCCGGAUGAGCCAAACUCAAGCCAGCUGGACACCGACGAAGAUGGCAUUGGCGAUGCGUGUGAUGACGAUGAUGACAACGACGGCGUCCCUGACGAGAUCGAUAAUUGCAGAUUAGUUGCAAACCAAGACCAACUGGAUUCCGAUGACGAUGGCGUGGGUGAUGCAUGCUAUAACGACUUCGAUGGAGACGGCGUGGAAGAUAAAUUCGACGCAUGCCCAGAACAUAGAUGGAUCCGGCAAACUGACUUCACCAGUUUUCAGACUAUCACGCUUGACCCUAAGGGAGACUCCCAGAUCGACCCUAACUGGCUUGUCAGGAACAGGGGCAAGGAACUUAUCCAGACAACUAAUAGUGACCCCGGUCUUGCUGUCGGUUAUGACUUCUUCGACGCCGUGGAAUUCAGUGGCACCUUCUACAUCAACACAGAUAGCGACGACGACUAUGCGGGAUUUGUGUUUGGCUUCCAGUCAAGUAGUCAAUUCUACGCCGUUAUGUGGAAGCAAAUGUAUCAAAGCUAUUGGCUGCAGACGCCCACCGAAGCAAUCGGUCACGCAGGCCUUCAAAUUAAGCUUGUAAACUCCACCACUGGUCCGGGUGAAAGGCUCAGAAACGCCCUCUGGCAUACAGGUGAUACUCCGGGACAAGUGAAGCUUCUCUGGAGCGACCCCAACGCCAUUGGUUGGAAGGACUUUACUGCUUACAGGUGGACUUUAACGCAUCUACCGGUUACAGGAUACAUGAGAGUUGUGAUGUAUGAGGGUAGUCGGGUGAUGGCUGACUCUGGUGCCAUAUUUGAUACAACGUUCGGCGGCGGUCGUCUUGGUCUCUUCGUGUUCUCCCAGGAAAUGGUCUUCUUCUCGGACAUGAAAUACAAGUGUAUAUCUUAGAUGACCAGACCACGUGACUACCGUCCACAAAAAGAUUACACCAAAGAUUCUGUAGACGCAACUACUAUAGUGAUAUCAGCAUUAUAAUGUUGACCAGUUACGUCAUCGUGGUGGCGCGAACAGAUUUAGCCCAGAGAAGCAAACACAACUGAAAAGAAAACUGGUCAAGGAAGAUAUUUAUUUUUGUACAUUACUAAAUUUUU